GUCUAUAGGCCGCUUAAUUAAGAACAGGGGGGGGAAAUGGACCUAACUGCCAAUAGCACAGCAGAGGACUUUGCUUCCCGCUCCGGCGUCCGCCCAGCGAGAGUAUAUAGGAGAGGAGACAACAGGUGCACCAGGCAUGACCGGUCAGUGUCCUCACUAGGGAGGACAAGUGGGGGACUGGGGCAUGCUUAAAUGAAGGAAAUGGAAGAUGCGCCUGAAACGCUGGAGUGAAGAUUCACGCAGAUGGGAGGAUGUUGCGAGAUUUUACAGGAAAGCGGCACUUUCCAUUCAAGGAACAAUCCGAGGCCCACGAAGUCACAUACAAAUGCUUCAGGAGGCGGAUCAUCCAGAGGCGCUGCAGAGAAGGCCCUGUUGCAAGUACCCCACUGGCCCCUGGGCGGCAGUGUGAGCCAAGCUUCGAGUUUGAUACCGUCUGUCAGAGGCUGGAGCUCGAUUCUCCACCGAGAAAGCAUGAACCAGGACAGGGAGUCCUACCAGGAAAUAUCCAAGAGGCAGCAUUGGUGGGAGGCUUGUCUCACUCUGAGUCUGUUAACUUGGUGAACACAGAGUGCACGAUCGCUGGCAAGACAAGGCCUGCUGCAGAAAACGCCCCACAAGAGCAAUGGGUGUGGAGACCUGCAGUUCAAGAACCUGAAAAUCUCAAUCGCUCAGGUUAUGAUGAAAGAAAAUAUGAUCUUCAGCCAUUUGCCACUCUGAACAAAGCCACUCUGAGCCUGCACGGGAAGUCAGUGGUUAAGUUGGCAGCACCAUCAAUGCUGAAUGACUACUACACUAACCUUCUCGACUGCAGCUGUAAUGGCAUGGUUGCAUUAGCACUCGGCUCUUCAGUUUACAUUUGGAAUUCAGAAACUCGUGAUCUGGUUGGACAUCUGGACCUGAGUCCACAAUCAGGAUGCCGAUAUCGUCAGUCGGUCUCGUCUCUGUGCUGGAGCACAGAUGGAAGAGCCCUCAGUAUCGCGACUAGACGAGGGGAGAUACAGUUGUGGGAUGUCGAACACAAGCAGAACAUGAGGUUUCUGCUGUCACACCUGACUGUGGUGAGAGCUCUUUCCUGGAAACAGCAGUUACUUAGCAGUGGAUCUGUUCUUGGACAUAUCUGUCACCUUGACCCUCGGGCUUUCACACCUCUGGUAGGUGUAGCCACCCAGAGGGAGGGGGUCUGCAGUCUGCAGUGGUCACCAGGAGGCAAAUGGCUGGCCAGCGGCUCCACAGAAGGCCUUCUCCAUAUCUGGGAUGAUGACAUCAUGGGAAAAAAAAUGUCAAGUCAGCCCGUAAUGACAGUGAAGCAGCCCAGUGCUGUCAAGGCAAUGGGGUGGUGCCCAUGGCAGAGAAACAUUAUUGCUACAGGAGGGGGAUGGAAAGAUGGUGAGCUGAGAAUCUGGGACACACAAUCAGCAUCUUGUGUAACUUCUGCCCAAACAAAUUCACAGAUAUGUUCUCUACAAUGGGCUGAAAAGAAGCGAUAUCUGGUUACAGGUCAUGGCCUACCUCAUCACAAAGUCACAUCUUGGGUGUGGGAGUUUCACUCUCUCAGCCCCAUUUACCAGUUCACAGGUCACUCUGAUAGAGUCCUACACUUGGCCUUAAACCCUGACAAUUCUCAGAUCUUCUCCACCAGUGCGGACCAGCGCUUUCACAUCUGGGAUUUGUAGUAACCAGUGUCAUGGAACCGUGACAUUCAUAUUGAUAAUAAAGUUCUUUAGCAUCUGGUUAGAAAUAGGUAUACAAUUAAUUACCACAUAAGUACACAUUGCUGCCUUCUUGGCAAUUGUGUCAUAGAGACCACACAUUUCCCACCCAUGAUGUCAACCACAGCACAAAGCCAGUUUACCACCAGCUCACACCUUUUGUCAUGCAUCGUGCAUGCCGCUAGCACAGGUUUCCUGUUUUAAUAGCUACACAACAUGAAUCUUUUAUAUAGUUAUGAUAUGACAGAUAUGCCGUACUGACUACUAUCAUGUAAAAGGUAGCAAAAGACAGACAUGGGAUAUGUUUUAGUGUACACACAUAUGAAAUAGCUCAGCACCAACAGUUGAAAUCUGUUGCUGCUGACUUAAGGCUCAUCAUCAUUUAUUUGUUCUGUAUGUGAGUUCACUUUGUGUUUGUUGUGUUUUUAUGUAUAUUACAUUCUGAUAUGUCUUCAUUGUAAAUGUUGACUUCCUGAAUUUUUUUUUUUAUUGUAUUUUGCACAAUGGAAUAAAAUUUAGGAACCUAAUAGUAGAAUACAGUCUUUCAGCCUGAGGUAGCUUUUAUUGCCCCUAUGACUUGAAAUAUCCCUACUACCUAUUUUACCUAGAAAUAGAGUGAAAGCUUUGUGGUUUGUUUUAAAAGUUAUGUGUUUAGUAGUUAAAUCACUUAGACUUAAGUUAAAUGUAAAAUGAAGCAGAAUAGGUUUCUGCUUGAAAAGACUUUGUGUGUGAGCUUAUGUGCUGCAAAAUUUGACUUGCAAGAGCGUGACCAGAGAAGAUUUAAGAGAACACUUUGUGCAAAAGCACUGUGGUGAAGACUUCCUUUAUAAAAACAGAGCAAGACCCCCCCACCACCAAAUCUACAUGAGUUAUUUCUUAUAGUUUAUAUGUUCACAGUCACACUGAGAUGUCGGAGCAAACGUGCAAUGACUGAGGUCGGUUUAUAUAGUCCCUGUAACCUCAGAUGUCUGCAAAGUCUAGCCUACGCUUUUCCACUUUUGACUAAGAUGAUAUAUAAGGUCAAGAUGAAUAAUGUCAACACUCAGCUGAAAGCAGCACCAUGC